AUGCGAUCAGUUCGAGAUAUCUCUGGAACAUUCCGAUGGGCACCGUUCCUGGCUCUGCAGAAAGAGAACUCCUUUUUAACAAUGCUGUUACUUCUGUGCAAGUACAAAAUGAAGAGCAUCCCUGUGGUUGAUUUAGGUGAAGCAAAGAUCGAGAACAUCAUCACACAGUCAGGAGUUAUCCAUAUGCUUGCAGAAUGCGCGGGACUUCACUGGUUCGAGGACUGGGGACUCAAAACUCUCUCUGAAGUCGGUCUUCCCAAUAUGUCAAAGUAUCAUAUCAUAAAGGCGUUCAAGCUGAUGAGGAGAAAGAGAAUCGGAGGCAUACCCGUGGUUGAAAGGAAAAGUGAGAAGCCAGUAGGCAACAUAAGCAUUAGAGAUGUUCACUUUCUCCUCACUGCACCAGAUAUUUACCAUGACUACAGGUCAAUCACAACGAAGAACUUCUUAGUAGCAGUGAGAGAGCAUCUGGAGAAGCGUGGGGAUACAUCAGCACCUAUGAUGAGUGGUAACCUCGAAGGACUCAUCACUUUAAGAGACAUCAUCGCAAGACUCGUCCAUGAGCCCUCUGGCUAUUUUGGGGAUUUCUUUGAUGGUGUCAUGCCUCUUCCCGAAAACUACCGAGUCUAA